GGGCAGCCGCAGAGUUUUCAAGCGGCGCCAACCUUAAUGGGGCAAAUGCCUCAGCCCCUUGCUGGCGGGAAGGGGAGUUCUGGCAAGCAUGCCCAUACCCGGGCGCAGCUUCGCUGGCACUGCUGCGCGUUUCUGCUCUCACAUAGGACCUUUCCUCAGGGGGAGUUACCAGAAGAAGUAAGAAUGAUAAAGGUGACUUUAAGAGGGGUCCCCGACGAAGUAUCCUGCAGAUGUGCCGGGCAACUCCCCCAGAGCCCAAUCUACCUGGAAGGCAGCGGGUGGCAUUAGAGCCGAGACGCGUUUCUGUGUCACUUUUCUCGGAGAAAUCAAGCUAUUUGCAUUGCAGAGGACAACACACGACAAUUACAAACUGAAUUCUCUUCCCGCUGCCGCUGCCGGAGUUGUCCUUGGGUUAGUCCGCUGCAGCCAAAGCAACCACAAGGCUUGGACCCUGAAAGACAAACACAUUUUCUGCAGCAUGUGCCUUUAUGGAUGCAUGCUACGAAAAAUUUGCUAGCCGUUAAGGUGCUCCAAGACUCACAAAAUCAGAUGAAUUCCACAUGGAACGAUUGCCCAUGCAUUCUGAAAGCCACCAUUGAUGCAGAGUUGUUUUCACACACCCCUCCCUGCAAUCUUGAUAUUUCCUGCUCCCAGGAAAUAUUCCUGACGGUUUGAAGUUGGAAAGGAGUUUGCCAAGUGUGGGAGAAUACAUGAUUUUCACAGGCUGGAGACAGAGGCUGCCCCACUUAUGGGGUGGAGGCAUCUUCCGAAAAGGCUUAAAGCAAAAGAACCAAAGCAGCUGUUUGCUCUGGAGGUGUUGUCACUGGAAGACCAAUGGAAGACCCCUGGAUCCAGAGAUGAGAACAUUUAUAGAGAAGAACACUGAAGUCGUCCACAGUGGGAACCUCACGCCAGAAAUAAGUUUGCGCCUUCUGACUCCGCGCUGCCGAUUUUGGCAUGAGAAAGGUGCCUUGUGGCCAUAUGGUGACCCCUACUGGGCCAUCUACUGGCCUGGAGGCCAAGCAUUAUCUAGAUACUUUCUUGACAACCCCGAAGUUGUCAGAAUGAAAAAAAUUCUAGAUGUUGGAAGUGGUUGUGGUGCAACAGCCAUAGCGGCCGUGAUGAGUGGCGCAUUGCAGGUUGUCGCCAGCGACAUUGAUCCUGUUGCAGCAGCUGCCAUGGUGCUGAACUGUGAAUUGAACAAUAUGGAUCCCCUCCCUGUUGUAACCAAGAACCUGAUUGGUACUGAGAUGGACGCCUGGGAUCUUAUUGUCCUAGGGGACAUGUUUUACAGUGAAGAACUUGCAGACAGCCUCCAUCAGUGGUUGAAGAAAUGCACCCAAGUCCAUGGAACUAAAGUGCUGAUUGGGGACCCCGGUCGGCCCUAUUUAGUGACUCACCAGAUUCAGAAACAGUUGCACAAAGUCAGUGAGUAUGCCUUGCCCCAGAUAACACAGCAAGAAAACAACGGCUCAACAAGUACCAUAGUCUGGCACUACCGGCCUUGACUCUGAGUGGCUUCCAGACUCAGACACACUGGAUUAUUUUGUGCUACUUGAACCACUUCAAUUCCAUUUCUGGCAGUUCAUAUUCUUGUUGGGGUCAAUAUAUACACUCUGACCCACUUCCAUGCCUCACUGUAGAUUUGCACCUACAGAAGAUGCAGCUGCACAGAAUAGGAAAACAGUUAAGAACAAUUUAAAAACCACUUUGUGUUAUAAUGCCUCCUUAAGGCCAUUGAAAAAAGAUAUGUGCAUGCCAAAUUGGGGCUAAGCUUUUAACAAAUAACUUUGCAUGAAAGUAAAUCAUGUAAAUAAAGGAUGUAAAUGAAGGAUGUUUCUGUUGACAGCUGUUGGCCAGGUUAGCAAAGUACAACCUCCAGAAUCAAAGUCAGUUGACCUCAUGAAGGCUAGUAAUUGGAGAGCAACAGAUGAGAAGGAUCAACCCUUUCAUGUAAGGUUUGUGGUUUCCCAGAGACAUCCAGCUGGGAAACAGGUUGGUGUAUUAGAAGUGCCUUUGGUAUAAUCCAGUGUGCCUUUUCUCAUGUUCUUAGUUCUUGUUUUGCUUGGGACAAUGUUAAUAAACGUAUCUUACCUUGUAGUC